AUGGCCGCCCUUCGCACUUCCUCCCGCCUGCUGGCCUCUUCGCGCCCGCUGUUCAAGCCCGCCAUGUUCGCGAGAUCGUAUGCCACUGUCGACCCGAUCUCCAAGGCCGCUGAGGCCUCUUCCAGCAGCAGCUCGUUUGUGCCCGAGUCCAAGACGUCGACUGUCCAGGACCCCAACCCAUCCGAGACCGCGCGCACCAAGACCUUCCAUGUCUACCGAUGGGACCCCGACCAACCCACCUCGAAGCCUCGCAUGCAGUCGUACACGCUGGACCUGAACAAGACCGGUCCCAUGAUGCUCGACGCUUUGAUCCGUAUUAAAAAUGAAGUCGACCCCACGCUUACCUUCCGACGAAGCUGCCGUGAGGGUAUCUGCGGUAGCUGUGCGAUGAACAUCGACGGUGUCAACACGUUGGCUUGUUUGUGCCGCAUUCCCACCGACACCGCCAAAGAAUCCCGCAUCUACCCCCUGCCGCACACCUACGUGGUCAAGGACCUGGUUCCUGACCUGACUCAGUUCUACAAGCAAUACAAAUCGAUCAAGCCAUACCUCCAACGGGAUACCCCGACCGAAGACGGCCUUGAGAACCGGCAAUCACCCGAGGAACGCCGCAAGCUCGACGGUCUAUACGAGUGCAUUCUGUGCGCGUGCUGCUCGACCUCGUGCCCUUCGUACUGGUGGAACAGCGAGGAAUACCUCGGUCCGGCUAUCCUGCUGCAGUCGUACCGCUGGCUGGCCGACUCGCGCGACGAGAAGACGGAGCAGCGCAAGGAGGCGCUUAACAACAGCAUGAGCGUGUACCGAUGCCACACGAUUCUCAACUGCUCGCGGACGUGCCCGAAGGGACUGAAUCCCGGCAAGGCUAUUGCUGAGAUUAAGAAGAUGAUGGCGUUUUAG